AACCAUUCCUCAAGACUCAGCUCCAUCGCCGUGCUGAUGGUCAGUAAUUUUUCACCACCAACAAGCCGCUCCUGCUCAACCAUGCCGGCCGAUUCCAAUCACAGCGGAAACUCGUUCGCUAUGGCCGUCACUUCCCUCAUCUCGAACGUCUUGCAAGCUGUCUUCCAGCUCAUUACUAUUGCAAUAGUGUUCUAUCGUCGUCGACGGGACUGAUCAAGGACUGGGGUAAGAAGCGAGUGAAGCGAGAAGGGAUGAGUGGUAAGUUUUGCAUCGUGUACAAACCUGAAAUGGCGGCUAAUGUUGGAGGAUGUAGGUGCGAGGGCUCGAACUAGACUUGGUUAGGUUGUGCUG